GUCAAACAGGACCAGCAGCUUGAUUGCUCACUUGCAGUGCACUGUGUACACACCGGGACGUGAUCAGCAAACCUCAUGAUGGCAUCUAACGUGGGCACACAUCCUGUUGUCAUCGUUUCUGCCGCACGGACACCAAUUGGGUGCCUCAAUGGUUCUUUGUCCACGGUACCUUUGCAUGACCUGUGUUCAGUGGUGAUAAAAGAUGUCCUAAAGCGGGCGGAAUUGAAGCCGGAGGAUGUGUCAGAGGUCAUCAUGGGCCACGUCCUGACAGCAGGUCAUGGUCAGAACCCGGCACGCCAGGCCAGUGUCGGAGCAGGCAUCCCCUACUCUGUACCAGCGUGGAGCUGCCAGAUGGUGUGUGGAUCUGGGCUGAAAGCUAUUUGCCUGGGGGCUCAGUCCAUCCAGACUGGAGAGUCGACUGUGGUGGUGGCGGGGGGCAUGGAGAGUAUGAGCAGGGCUCCUCACACACUGCACAUGAGGGCAGGAGUAAAACUGGGUGAUGCCGCCCUGCAGGACUCCAUGGUGGCAGAUGCUCUGACGGACGCCUUUCAUGGCUACCACAUGGGCAUCACAGCGGAGAACGUGGCCAAGCAGUGGGGUAUCAGUCGAGAGGCACAGGACCUGUUUGCUGUGGGGUCACAGAACAAAGCAGAAGCUGCGCAGAAAGCAGGAUACUUCCAGCAGGAGAUUGUUCCAGUGGUGGUGUCGUCUCGGAAAGGGCCAGUGGAAGUGACAGUGGAUGAGUUUCCUCGACAGGGCAGCAACCUUGAGAGCAUGUCCAAGUUGAAAUCCUACUUCAUUAAGGACAGCAGUGGCACCGUCACGGCUGGCAAUGCCUCAGGUAUUAACGACGGAGCAGCCGCCACAGUGCUCAUGAGCCAAUCAGAAGCUUCAAGGCGGGGCAUAGCACCCAUGGCCAAGAUUGUGUCAUGGGCACAAGCUGGCAUCGAUCCAUCCAUCAUGGGUACCGCUCCAAUACCCGCCAUCAGGAAAGCGGUUGAGAAAGCAGGUUGGCAACUGGAUCAGGUGGAUCUAUUUGAGAUCAACGAGGCGUUCGCUGCACAGUCUGUGGCGGUGGUUAAAGAACUCGGACUAAAAGAAGAAAAGGUAAAUGUAAACGGUGGCGCUAUUGCACUGGGUCACCCCGUGGGGAUGUCGGGCUGCAGGGUGUUGGUGACGCUGCUCCACACCCUCCAGAGGACAGGGGGGAGAAAGGGUGUAGCGUCCCUGUGCAUCGGAGGAGGGAUGGGCAUUGCCAUGUGCGUGGAGAAGGUCUGAUUCAGGGAUUUUAAAAUGUACACUUAAAUUGCUUAUGACACAAACAUGUUAGUGGAAAAAUACCCGAUGCCGCAAAGUGUUUUUUAGCAAUGUAAAUUGUUAGCUAACAUGCAUCGGUCACUUGACUUCUAGCCUGUUUCAGUAAGUCAUUUUAUCCCUCCUAGAUCUAUUCUACCAGUCUUAGUCUGUUGGUGUCAAUUACUCCUCACAACACAGUAACGCACUGUGUGUGUGUGUGGGGGGGGGGGGGUUAAUAGUUUGUCUAAUUUUAAUAGUUUGGCGGAUGACAAAACAGUUAUAAUUUGUGUCAUUAGCACUUUAAGGUGUGAAAUCUAACACUGUUUACUUGCCUGACACUAGUGACCUUGCUUUUCUCGUUUUACGCUAACAAACUGACCUACCCCGGUAGCCUGGUACUCUAUGCAGCUGAGUAAAUGGACACCGCAGCCCUUAAAACAUGGUAUUUUAAUAGAAGCUACCUGCAUCAUUUAUCCAUCCAGUGCUAAUUAACAACGCUGGAAAGCUAACAGUUCUCUCGUGCUGUUAAAUGAAGACAUUCCACCUUUCUUCCUGUGCCAUGCAGUUAUCGCUGCCUACUGUAAUACUUCCUGUAAAUAACCUGAUAUGAAGCAAUUAAACCUAAAACAGUCAUUAUGGAGUUU